AUGGCUGACGGAAAGAUUGUUUCCGAUGUGGCCUUGCCUGCCCAUAUCCCAGAGUCCAAAAUCACCCCGGCCAACGCCUCGCAUACGGCGCUCUUCUCACUGAGCGGCAAGACGGUCGCCAUCACUGGUGCCGGUCGAGGUCUGGGCAUAACGCUAGCAGCCGCGGUCCUCGAGGCCGGGGGCAAUGUGGCCUGCCUCGACAUUCUCGAUGAGCCCGCUGCCGCCGAGUGGGCGGGUAUCCAAAAGACGGCCGAGACUUCGGGCCUACAGCUGUCGUACCGCCGCGUCGACAUUACGGACGAGGACAAUCUGUCCAAGAUCCUCGACGAGGUUGCCGCCGAAGCCGAGACCGUAGGGUCGCAAUUCUACGGCGCCAUUGCCUGCGCCGGCAUCCAGCAAAAGAUUCCCGCCGUCGACUACCCAAAGAGCGACUUUGAGCGCAUGCUCUCGGUAAACGUUACCGGCACUUUCCUCACGGCAAAGCACUCGGCUAGAAUCAUGAUCAAGAAUGGCGUCAAGGGCAGCAUCGUGAUGAUUGCCUCCAUGUCUGGCGAUAUUGCCAACCGGGGUCUGACAUGCUCCGCCUACAACACCAGCAAGGCCGCAGUGCAGCAAUUAUGUCGCUCGGUCGCACAAGAAUGGGGCCAAUACGGCAUCCGGAUAAACACGCUUUCCCCAGGCUACAUCCGGACAGCCAUGACUGACGCACUUUUGGCGACCAACCCCGACCUCGAGAGAAUAUGGAUGGCAGGCGCUUUGCUCAACAGGCUCGGAGCCCCCGAAGACUUCAAGGCUCCCGCCGUCUUCUUGCUGUCUGCCGGUAGCUCAUUCAUGACAGGAGCUGACCUUCGUGUUGACGGUGGCCACUGUGCCUCUGCAUAG